UCGUACGUACAUGUACAUGUACAUGUACAUUUUACUUGUGCUUGUUACUUGUAAUUGUAGUACGUGUGCACAUCGCUACAUCGUACAACUUCAAGACAAUGCAGUGGCUUUCUUGCUGUGGCAACAUUAUGAUACCGAACCGAUUUCAUCACCCCUCCGGCCUUUUAAUGGUUGUAAUCAUUUCUCAGUUUAGUCUGGAUACAUCAUAUGGUGCAAGCGAUGUGCCAUUCGUAUGCUACCAAGGCUCCAUAGAGAGUAACGCCAAAGGACAGAUCAAACGUCACAGUGAAAUGAACCUGGCCAGCUUACCCUGUGAUCAGCCGAUUACACCGACCUCAGGCCACCCGACCACGACAGCUGAUACCGAUCUCAUGCCCAACUCAUCACAUCCUGCUCAGCCCUCUGCCGCCACAACUCCAGCGAACGCCAGCCAGCAACAUAACGCCUCCGCGGCCAACUUUUGUGUUGUCGAUUACUUCCCCAGCGGGUCCAGGCUCAGCACCAACGGCACCUGGACGGCCAACUUCAGCUGCGUGCUGGGCACUGCCGCGUGCCCGAGUCGAACUUGCUGCAAGACGCCCAACUGUAACACCCUGGAGUUCUUCAGAAAGGGCCACCCUGCUCUCAAGACUGCUACCGUCAGCUCUUGCCACAAGGGCAAUGUUACAGGCUCAGGCCCAGUUCCUGCUUUUCCGUGCCGAAGUGGAAGUCAGUACUGCUACAACCAAACUACCGACAGAGGGACAUUGUUUGGAUGCAGCACAGGAACUUUACAGAUCAGUUGUCGGAAAAAUACUGUUGGCAGCAACAGUAGGUGUGUAAAUGUGAGCAGGUCCUCUUUAUGCUGCUGUGACAGUGACAAUUGUAAUGGCCUCUCUCCCAACAUCACAGUGGUCACCCCCAUCCACACGGUGGCUCCGCCCACAACGACGCAUUACUUAGUAACUGCAAGCAAGCAUUCCUCAGGCUGGAUGCUGGUGCUCUUGAUCACUUGCGGCUUCCUAAUUGGUGGACUGGUCGGCGUCGUUGCCACAGUACUUUAUCGAAGGUGGAAAAAGAAACGCCGCGCAAACGGACCGCUGAAGAUUUCCUACAGCCGCAUCAGUGCCGACUGUGUAGAUGACGACAAUGUCUUUAGUUACUGAAAGAAGAUGCUUCGAAUGGUUUGACUGUGACUUUUGUUUGUUUCAGACAGGACUGUUUGGCUCUUAGUUUCCAUUUCGUACAAGGAAAAUUUUGUUUAAAUUUCUGAAAUAAAACUUAUUUAUUGAUGGUGUCGAAGACAUGACCAUUUAUGAGCUGGUUUUGUUUUACCAGUUAUUCAGGAGGUGUUUGUCAUUAUAAAUUGAAAAGAUCAUUACAAAUUAGUUUGAUCUCAGUUUUGGGCAUGAGGCCUCUAAAUUAUUGUCAGAAAAUUUUUUGUCCUUUCGUACAAGUUUGUUAUAUUUCGGUACCGUCAGAAGCAAAGUUUCAAGGGAAAAUAUUGGCUCUUUUUUUCUGGAUUCAUUAUCCCUGAUAAGGAGCAGUUAUGACUUUUAGCUGUUCUUGGGCGUAUUGAUUAACAGUUGUCAUUAAUUUGUACUUUAUUUCCAUAUUAUUACAUGUUUAAAAUUUGAUGUGUUUUCUAGAACUUGAUGAGGAAAGCUAAUUUUUUUGGGGGGGGAUAUGUAAUUAUGUGUUGACUGUUGACAUUUGCCUUUGAGACAAAAUGUAAGUCAGUGUAAAUUAGUUGAGAUGGAAAAAAUUAAAUGAUCCGCUGGAGAGAUUCAAUGAAAUUAACUUUGAAGAGAAUGGUGCCAUUUUGGCAUGUUUUCGGGUGCUAGUUUUCACUGUGCACUUUCACAGUGGCAUGAAGAACAAAACCAAAUGCCAAACAGUGCAAGGUGGCGCAGUUUGAAUGCCAAGGGGCUGCCUGUGUUACAGAAAGUGGAGUUUUUGGGUGUACCAUUAGUGUGGGCGCACUAUUAGUGGUUUAGUUUUCUUGUGCGUCCUUCAAAAAAGGGUAGAGACGGCAUUUUGUAUGUUUGUAUAUAUUGAAUUGCCUUAUCUUUUUUACAGCUGUUAUGCCAAAGGUAAUUGAGGGACCUUAUCUUCCUCGUGGUUUGUGAACUUGCAGCUUUGUUUAAUAUGGAGUUAUUUUCUUCAAGGAAGACCUUUAACUGUAGAGCAAAUAUUUGUACAUAUUCAGUGGUAAAAAACCUUUUCUAGUCGCUUCUUUAUGCACACUGUGCAAAUGUGCUCAUGGAUCUAGGUCUUCAAGAGAUUUUUACAUUUUCGCUCCUGGGCAGGACUUAAAGGGUGUGUUCGAAACUCGUUUUUGUCUUGGAUAAACUUGGGAAUGGGGGUUCUAAAUAAAGAAAAAACACCACCUGAACAUUGGUUACAAGCAAGAGAUUUUCUUUCCCACUUACUGGGAGCAGAGAAUGGCAAGACCAGAGAUGGUGGAAACUCAGGCACACACCUUUUAUAACUAGAUGAAUAAUAAGCAUUUUGUCACAACAUGGAAAAAAUCAUUUCAUGCACUACAAUUUAUCAGGAGCAGUAAGAAUUAAAUUUGAAAAGAGUUGCCAUGGCCCCAGAGAGAAUUUGUCUUUGCCAGUUCUUAUACACAUGGGUAAUUAGGGAGUUAAAUGAUUACAUCAUUGUUAUCCUUUGUUUUCAUAGGGUCAUUUAAAGUGGUAAGUGCCAAAUUGAAAUUUUUGCCCACCUGUACUCCACUUGAGUUCAACUUGAAUUCACCGAGUCACUAGAGAACAGGGUUGUGAAUAUGGUUGAGCUGGCACUCAUCAGAUGGUAAAGACAUCUGCACAAAUAGGCUGGUGCCUUACUCCAGAGAAAAAUGCAAAAUUCCUGUGAAUCUUUGCAGAAAGCAUUGAGCACCAACAGCACAGCCUGUUUGUAAGCCAAACUAUUGUAUAUAAGGAGGUAAUGCAGGGAAGUUCACUUUUUCAGAUCUUUACGAGACCAUUAAAUAUUUUGAAACAAACCCCUGAGGUGUUACAUUGUGUUCUCUGCUUACUUAGGUUUUUGGCUCUACAAGACUGACUUUUCUGUCUGAAAGUGGUCGAUUUUGAAGCAUUGCAAGGGGCAUGACUUGCCUGCUUUGUGAGCCUGAGCUGGAUAAAGAGAGAAUGCAAUUUUCCUAGCAACGUAGGCUCCUUUGGUGGAACCUGCACUUUGCUGGUUCACAAAUGACUAUAAAAUGCAUGGGUUACGAUCUCACCGCCACCAACAAAAUGAGCACUCCUGACCAACAUGGCUCCUUUAAACCGAUGAGGGGGUGCUUCUGGUUGAUGCGGAUUGCCUGGGUAGAAUUUGGCUUGCCUGAUGCUUUUUGCACCAAUGAAGCAAGCUCAUCAUGACAUCAUUGUACGCAGAAACUUGCAGUGGCACCCUCAUAGGGAAUCUACUAAGUAAAUUGGUGAAACUAUGAAGAGAACAUCAAGCCCACAGGUUCUUUUCAGAACCUUGGCAUCUCACACCAGGUAUUUUCCACAUGAUGCUGCAGCAAGUGACUCCGCAUUUUUUCCUCCACCCUGGAAACCUCCCCAUCUGAUCGUCUUCAUAACAGUUGCCAUUACUGUAGACACUACAUGUACAUAGCUGCACAAAGGAUUCUUAUCACCUUUAAUAUCUUGAUACCUGAAUGCAAGUCGGAGGCCUUUUGAAAAGCAAUUUUCUACCUGAACCACAACAGAAACAGUUUGGGAAGAAAGUUUGACAAAAUCGUUUUAGUCCAGUGUCUGGCUGAUGUUUUAAAGUAUACGUUACUGGAAAGCUUCAUGUACCUGUGAAAAAGAAAGAUUGUGCACCUGAUGUCUCAAGCGUUAACAGUUGAAUUGAUUUAUUCAUUUUCUCCAAGUGAAUUAAACUCACUGUGCAACUGCACAAUUGGAAUACCAUCAGUCUACUCCAUAAUGACCCGACUUUAGUGCUCUCUUUUCAAGUACGGGGGACAAAGAUCGAUUUCAAACCAAAAUUGUAAUGAGUGAAAAUAGGGGUUCAAACAAUGCUACCUUUUGCAGUGCAUUUACGCACCCUGAUACCGAGAUCACAUGACAGAUAUCAAGUUAAUCACAUGGUUGUGCCAGCUGGACAAAUGUGCAUUGGCCGUAUCUAGCCUUGUCCGCAACUCAUGCACUGCAUAUUUUUCUGACUGCAAAUCUCUGAAACCAAUACAGCUGAUUACGGUUUCUGUCGCAACUUGAAGGUUAGAGGUACACAUUACAAAUGGCAACCUUUUUCAUAGAAGACAUGCUGUUCUAGAGCCUGAACGGUGUGUCUGACACUGCAUCCAAAGUUCUGGCUGCGGCUCAAAUUAACAUGCGUGCUUGUGGACGCCUAUGGCUAGUGGCAGCAGCUAAUUCCAGCAAAUAUAAGAAUCCUAGCCACAGCCACUCAGUUUGGACGCAGCUCAUUACAGCCAAGUACCAAUUUUUUUUUGUUCUGAUAAAGCAUCGCAGCAUGAUUCCUGUAUGUUGCUACUGUCACUGCACCCCUCCUGUAAUGCAUGGGUUUUUGCAAGCUGUUAUUUAGGCAACUAAUCAACAUGGGAUACAUAGGUGUACAUGUAUUUAAAACUUGUUGAGGUAAGAAGCAGUAGGUCAAAGCAGACUUACAUAAUGAGCCUCGAACUGGACCAAGAGUUUCUUAGCAACUGAGGCUCUUUUGGUCAGAACU